GAACCGGGUUAUUCUCUGAGUUUACCCACAGACAGACAGACACACAGACACACAGACAGACAGACAGACACCAGGCUAUCUCUGCCAGUUCCUCCUCUCGUCGUCGCGUUAACGCUGCUUCAGGUUAACGUCUCUCGGUGUUGAAGAUGACGCUGACCGUGUUAGGCGUGCUGUUUUCGGUCGUGCUGUCCGGUGUGAGCGCCGGACUGUUCUUCAACCCGGAGGAGCCGUGCUAUACCCGCUCACCCAGAAAACACGACUUUGGACUGCAGACAGCUCCUCGCCCUCAUGAGUAUUUAAACAUUUCUGACUUGCCCAAAUCAUGGGACUGGAGGAACAUCAAUGGCACCAACUAUGUGAGCACGACCCGUAACCAGCACAUCCCCCAGUACUGUGGCUCCUGCUGGGCCCAUGGCAGCACCAGCGCCAUGGCAGAUCGCAUCAACAUUAAGAGGAAGGGAGUGUGGCCAUCCGCCUAUCUUUCUGUCCAGAAUGUGAUCGACUGUGGUGAUGCCGGCAGUUGCCAUGGAGGAGAUCACAGCGGAGUUUGGGCGUACGCUAACAAACACGGUAUCCCUGAUGAGACCUGCAACAACUACCAGGCUAAAGACCAGGACUGCAAACCCUUCAAUGAAUGUGGCACCUGCACCACCUUUAAUGUGUGCAAUAUUGUGAAGAACUACACCCUGUGGAAAGUGGAAGAUUUUGGAGAUGUCACCGGGAGGGAGAAGAUGAUGGCAGAGAUCUACGCUAGAGGACCGAUCAGCUGUGGGAUUAUGGCCACAGACAAGCUGGACGCCUACACUGGAGGUCUCUACUCUGAAUAUUAUGAGGAACCUUCCAUCAACCACAUUGUGUCCGUGGCAGGAUGGGGAGUGGAGGGCGGCGUUGAAUACUGGAUUGUACGCAACUCCUGGGGAGAGCCAUGGGGGGAGAAGGGCUGGCUCAGGAUCGUGACCAGUGCCUACAAGGGAGGAAGUGGAAGCACGUACAAUCUGGCAUUGGAGGAGGACUGCAUGUACGGAGACCCAGUUGUCCCCAAGGCCUACCUGUAGGGGAGACCAGCACCCACAGUGUCAGAGGUCAUCACUGCACACUCUCAUAUGUCUUCCUGUCUCAGGCAAAGGAAGACUUUCUAUUUGUAAAAUGUUGAAAAGGGAAUAAGAUCAGAUUAGAUUUUUUUUGAGAGAUCUAUUUUUUACACUUGUAAUCAGGGGGUCAAAUCAAACUUGCUUGAAUCAGUGCAUAUUCUGAUUUUUACCACAGUGAUGUGAACUGAAAAAGAUAAAUUGCAUAGGAGGAGUGAAAGAUCACUACAACUAAUUGCUGCAAAAUUCAAGCACUGCAUGCUAAAUAGCCAUUAUAAACAGUGACAAGAUGCAAGAAGUUCUUCAGUUCAAGAGGACAUUCACAGCUUUUUAUAGAUUAUGUUUUUCAAUGCAUUCUGACUCAGCCAAAGAACAGUGUUUUUAAUUUGUCCUGCACUGCUCCGACACUGAAUGUUUUCAGUGUGUGGUCUUAUUGUAUUGACAAUAUCACCACACCCUGAUAGAAAAACGGAAACAAAUCAAACUAAGUGUGCCUUACAUGCACUGGCAGUCAAUACUAGAUGUAUGUAAUCUUCUUUUUGUUUUCUCACUUAACAAUGUACACAUCAGAAAUUCUGGAAAAGAUACAAUCUUUGUUUUAAACUCUGCCAAUAAACACAACUUGACAGUGAUGCUCCACA